GCUUACCUCCACUGCCACCACCGCUGUCCGAAAUGUCCGCCGCUCGUCGCAAGAAGACACAUGCCCACGACGACGCGUCGUACUUUGCCCCAUCUGCCGCGUCGCUGACAGGCCCGGGGACGGCUGGCACGAAGCGAGCGCAUCCGGACGACGCUCGCGCACCUGCGAACAAGCGCAAGAAGGUCGAGCCACCUGUAGCGGAGAAGCCGACGAAGGAUGAGGAGAGAAUAUGCCCAAUCGACUUCAAGUCUCUUCCGCCCCCGGUUAUCCACAACUACCUUGCAACAUUCGACCUCAUCCCACCCAUAUACCCUUCGCCACUCUCCAAGGAAGACCCUAUACCCCCGGCCGUGCUGCUUUCCACCGGCCUCCACCGGCAGGCCAGCCCCCCACCUCCCCCGCCCCCCGUGCAGAGUGGACCCGGGGCGACGCCCGCGAACCGUCCGCGGCGCGACCCCAUGACGCUGAAGGAGCGCGAGACAAGUCGCCGCCGCAGCGCGCGCCUGCUCGAGGACGAAGAACUCUGGCGCGCCCGCCCGCCUAUCCUUAAUGACGUCAAGGAGCUGAACGUCGUGCUCAGCACGCUUGCCGAGCGACACUUCAUGGGGGAGAUUCCUGGAGGGUACAAUGCAGCGGCGGCAGCCAUCUUCGGUGGGCCAGGAGGAUCUAUGGGCUUGAGCGGGGUUAGGGAGGAGGUGGACAUAUUGGCGGCCUUCAUGUGCGCGGUGGAGAAGAAUAAGAGCGCAAUCGCGCUCAACGGUGGACGAUGUCCGUAGCUUCUAUAUACCCUGUUUGUUAUUUGUCUUCCUAUCCCCGUUCGCAUUGGAGUUGCUCAAAGUCA